AAACCCCAAAACACGACCGAUAACAAAGGAAACGGAGAAUGAACAAAACCCCUAAAUGACGGAUUUAACGAUUAUUGUCAAUUGUACUUAAAUAUAUUGUCGAUAUAUUGUCUUUACUUGACGAUAUACUUAAAGCAACCGGUGUAAAAUGGAGAUUUAUUUUUAAAGGGCUGCGCCGGAUGUGCUGUGAGUGGUUUCCGCUGUUGACGGCUCCGUGGUGAAAGGCGUCGCUAGUAAACAUCCCUGAAAACUCACGGCGGACAUUAAACCUGAAAACACCGCGGCAUCGAACCUCCGCCGCGGCUCACACCAACACGGUCGCUGUUGUCCGGUUUCCCGGCCCCGUCCGCGGGUGUGUCAGCGACGGUCAGCGUCUCGAAGGACUGCCGGGGCGUUAGCCAGCUAGCUCGCUAGCAUAUCCACCUAGCCGUAGCAGCAGCAGCUCGUAUUAGCAUUAGCGUUAGCGUCAGGCGACCAAGAUGAUAGCGCUCAUCAACAAACUGCUGGACUGGUUCAAGGCGCUGUUCUGGAAGGAGGAGAUGGAGCUGACCCUGGUGGGGCUGCAGUACUCCGGCAAGACCACCUUCGUCAACGUGAUAGCGUCGGGGCAGUUUAGUGAAGACAUGAUUCCCACAGUUGGAUUCAACAUGAGGAAGAUCACUAAAGGCAACGUCACCAUCAAGUUGUGGGAUAUCGGCGGCCAGCCUCGCUUCAGGAGCAUGUGGGAGCGUUACUGCCGAGGAGUCAGCGCUAUCGUUUACAUGGUCGACGCAGCAGAUCCAGAGAAAAUCGAAGCCUCCAAGAACGAACUCCACAACCUGCUGGACAAACCGCAGCUGCAGGGAAUUCCUGUUCUGGUUCUGGGCAAUAAGAGAGACAUACCAGGAGCUCUGGAUGAGAAAGAGCUCAUAGAGAAGAUGAACCUGUCGGCCAUCCAGGACAGAGAGAUCUGCUGCUACUCCAUCUCCUGCAAGGAAAAGGACAACAUCGACAUCACCCUCCAGUGGUUGAUCCAACACUCCCGGACUAAGAGGAGUUCCUGAGAACAGAGACACGCCCCUUACCGAACAGGCCACGCCCAUAGAUCCUAACACACCCUCUCCCUGAUCAUCACCACCACCCCCCCACCCCCACCCAUCUCACCCCACUGCUCCUCAACAACAUCUGUACUCCCUCACCCCACACUAUCACCCUCCCUCCACCCACCCCACCCCCCCGCCGCCCCGCCCCCUCCACCUCUGGAUGCAUUGAUACCUCUGGGUUUUGGUUUCUCAGCAGCUGGAUCACGUCAGAAAAAAAAAAACUAAGCCUCCGACAGUAAAUUGAACAACAUCCAUUUUUGUCGAUGUAUUAGUUGAACGAACGCAUUUCCUCAGUUCUCCUGUCGACCUCACAUCUUAUUCUGUUUCACUGUGUAAUGAUUUUAAAUCUUUUUGCCAAGCUGAAAAAAAUCCUCCUGCAGCUCAGAGUUAACGACGGCAGAAUUGUUUAUGUUAAUGAAGAGACGUGAACGCACUGGUGUACGCAAACAGUCGGCGUGAUGUGAACGUUCACUGCGUCGGGGUCGGCGUCCAUGUUGGACCGAAUCUGCGGCAGCGAGGAAAUGAGUCGCUCCGCCUCGUGUUUCCAUAUUUAACGUUUCCGAACAAUAAGCUGGAGGAAGAAAACUCAGAGGCGUCAUUGUUGUCACGGUAACAACAGUAUUAACAAUAAUUAGGUCAAACUGAACUGGUGACUGUCUCCUGAUCAGACAUUUGUCAACCAACCGUCACUGGAACGAAGAAUUCCCAGCAAACACCAGGAGAAGUGAGGUCACAUGGGUUUGUGACAGUGAAGCGGUAUCAGUGCAUCGUUACAGAUCCACACAACAACUUCCAUCAGUUUUAUUUUUUAACCUCAUCAAACUGUCGAUCUUCACCAUAACUGCCAAAAACUACAAACUGAUAAAAAUCAUUUUGCUUUUCGUUCUAAAGGCCAUAAAACACUUGGUUGUCUGGAGCCUGUUUUGUGGAUCUGAUCAUUUCCUAAUCCUAUCACCACAAAUCUGCCGUCAUCAUUUCCUCUCCUCCUUUUUUUUUUUUUCCACUUCUAUCGAUUUUCAUCCCUCCCUCUCUCCUUCCACUUUCCCCUCUCUACCUCCACAGCAUCUCUCCAUCCAUUAUUUCACCUUUAUAUAAUCCUUAGAAGCCCCUCUUCCUCCCUCGUCUGUUGUAAACUGCUUGUCCUCCUCUGUACUCCCUCUAUCUUUCCUUCCUUCCUUUUCUUAUUUUUGGAUGUUACCUUCUUCCUCUCUUUCCUCGUCGCCCAGCCCCUCGCUGUCUUUCUCUCUCUCCUGCUGAGCGAGGGAUUAAAAACCUUUUUAUUGCACUGUUGAUUUUGGUUUUGUAAGAUAUUAAUAAUGAGAAUAAUGUUAAUAAUCUUCUUAUUGUGAUAUAAGCUGGUCUGUCCAGAUUUAAUGAAGUGGUACAUAAACUGGAGAAGGAGAUUGUUAUUGUUUCUGUUCAUAUCUCUGUAAUAAGCUUUUUAUUUCUUAUUUGUUUUAUAUUGUUAUUUUUUUAUUGUUUGUGGAGUUUUCUCUGGACGCUCAGCCAGAGCUCAGUGUUUCUGCUCUGAGACGUCUGCUGAUUGGACCAGGGGUGUCACGUGAUCAGGCUGCAGUGUUGUGAUAAGACUCAUUCAAAGCCACAAAUUAAAUCUUUAUUUUAAAAUCCAUUUACUUCAAUGUUUACAUUUUAUUUUUUUGUGACUAUUAGUUUAAAACAAUUAGACAUUAAUAUAAUAUAACAUUUAAAUGUUCUCGUAUAUUAUGCACACAAGUGGGAGCGAUUCCGUUGUAAUAAUGUUUGUUUAUCGGUGAUAAACCAGAUGUGAUAGAUUUAUGAUUCCAAAGUUUGCAUCGAUGCUACGCAAGGAAAACUUCUUUCUAUAUUUAUUUAUGUCGUCUAUUUAAUCAUAACAACAAAUAUUCAGUCAUUCAAACCCAUUAAGUACAAUUUAGUGUUUAAACACACAAUAAAGCAAAACAGAUAUUUGUAAAGAAAAAUACUGAUAAGUGGCAAAAAUAUUUUCAUCUAAUAAAAAUAGAUUUUAUUUUAUUGUCUUGAUUCCCGAUUUAAAAGUUGGGACUCGAAACGUGAGCACGUAGCUUUGUCCAAAGAUCCUCAUCAACAUCACAUCCUCAUUUUUCACGUCGUUUGUUUCAGCUGUAACAUUAUUGGUCGCAUCACGUUGUGACACAUCCUGGUCCGCAGCCAAUCAGACGUCAGCACAGACGGGAACAUGACCUGUCUGUAUGUUUUCUGUUACCGAGGUCAUUUAGGUUAAGAGUGGUCAGGCGGUCAGGUGUACGUGGGAGAUUGCUUCUGCUCGCACACACUCGUUCCUCUUUUCACUGUCGGGCCGAACGUGGCUUAUUCUGGCGUCGGGAGACUUCCUGCGCUCUCAUGAAACAUCAGUUACAAACGUCCCUCGCCAAUUUUAUUCAGGAUGUGACAAAAUAUUUUCAUCCUCAGCUAAACUCUAUAAAAAUGUAAAAUUUCUGCCGACCGUCUUUUCCGUUGUCUGACGAAUUGCUUCAGCUUCAACAGAUUUGUGUCUGGAGCGACGGCAGAGGACAGGAAGAUAAACCGGUGGUUGUUUUUUGAGAUUAUAGAAACGAUUGUUUAGUUUAUUGAAGGAACCAACAUCCACGUAAAUCGGAUGUUUGGUGUGUCGGUGUGUUGUAACUGUCCCAGUCACAGACGUCACGUUCUUGUUCGUUGGGUUUCCUGGAUUUAAUCUAACCAGUUGAAUCUAGAAGUAGAGUUCUUCUGCCAACAAUCACAUUUUUAAAAUCCCAACAAAGCUUCUUUAAACUCCAGAGAAUGUGAGGCUCAACUUCCAGCAACACGAGAUCAAACUCCUGAGCCCGAUCUCUUCGUAGCUUUUAUUGUGAAAGUGCUUUUGUUUUUCCACAACAAUAACAACAACGGCGAUCAGUGAUGAUAGGCCUCUUCCCCCCCGACAGUGGAAAGCUGCUCCUUCCUUAAUGAAAACCCAGAGCAGCUGAAGGAGCUGAAGCAGCUGAAGCAGCUGAAGGAGCUGAAGCAGCUGAAGCAGCUGAAGCAGCUCAGUGAACAGUCUGGAGCAGCUGCCGUUCUUUAGCGGACCACCAGAGAACAUCGAGAAUCUUUUAAACCGGCUGUUUGUUCUCCAGCUGCUCCAGAUGUGAGCUGCUGCUGUUCUCCGAGAGUCGCCUGACUCCGUUCAGGGCCACUCUGAGUUUAUCGAUCCGUUGAUCAGCCAGCACAGUGAUUAUUAGUUAUUGAUGCCGUCAGGCGGAUCAGAUUGCCAAGAGAGUUUCAAAGGUGCAGCUUCAUGACCAACAGGAAGUCACCGCGGUUUGAAACGGGGACAAAGUUAUUUACCGGUCGAGACCUGAGAUCUUCAGGAUACAUCAAACUAGUUUGAAGCACAUUGAUUCUACAUAUGGUGGCGCAGUGGCGCAGUGGUUAGCAUCGCUGCAAGGAGGUUCUCAGUUAGAAUCCCACGGUGCAGACUGGGGUCACGUUAACUGGAGACUCUAAACCAUCCGUACGUGGGAACAUAGACGGCCUCCGCUCAGCCACGUCAGCUGGGAUUAGCUCCAGCUCGACCAGCGACCCCGACAGGAUGAAAGGACUCGUUCAGACGUAGAACAUAAAAGGCGAGAUUCAUGUUUCCCCUCCGACUCGUGAGGAGGAGCUUGACGUGUCUGUGCAGUUGCUGGGUAAAGUCAGCACAAUGGCGGGAUUGAGUCCUUUGUGUGAAUCACACUCACCCUGUGAAAACUUGUGAUUUUCUGAAAGAAGAAUCUUCAACUUCUCUAAGUAGAAAAACAACAAUAACCAGAAUCACAGCAGGAAACAAACGGACAGACUGAACCACGACAGUUGAGAUGUUGUCUCUCGUUUGUUGGGAUUCAGACUCUGUGUCCCCUGAACCGGAUCCCGGUUCAUCGUCCCAAACAUGUGAACCUUGAAAUCCUUGGCUUCUGAUUGGCUCUGAGCUCUUAUGUUUGCAUGCGGAGGGCAGAGAUUGUAUAUCUGUAGGGACCGGACGAUGUGAAAGGUUAUUUUGGUGCAACUUUAUGGUAAAAUGGCCUUAAUCCAGUGAGUGUUAACCUAUAGAGACGUAAAGAACACAACGUGAAAUGUCCUUAAAACAGUGCAAUAAAACAGAAGUAUUGAUAUUGUGCUUUAACCUGUUUUUACAUGUUUCUAAGUACAUGAUGUCAGAGAAGGAGCCGUGUGCUUUACAGAUGAAAACACUGGACUAUGGUCAUUGUGAUGUAAAGUUUGACCUGUUUGCUUUUUUUAAGGAGAAAAAAAAAAAUCCAGUAACGACCUUUGACCCUGCAUGUACGAACUGAACCUUUGCAGGAUGUGAUGUCACGUGUGUCACGACCGUCCUGUUUUGAUUCGAUCAUCACCCGAGAAUCCACGGCCGCGGAUUUUAAAACCGAAUCAGCAACGAAAUCCAAACACGAGAAGCAACGACAGACGAAUCUCACGUCGUCUCGGCAGAUACAGCUGCUCAGUGGUUAGAUGAUUUUAAAUGGUUAAUUAAUGUUAAUAAUACAUUUAAAUCAGAGAGAUGUUAAAUCAAUUUCAAAUAUACUUGUUUGUGUGAAUUCAGUUUUACAAUAUUUAAUCUAAAAUCAAUUUUCUAACGUCUUCGACCAAACUGCAGCUCGAUCUUUCUCCUCCUCCCUCCUCUCGGUGGUACGACGGCUCGUUUCUGCUUCUCCUCUGCUCUUCUUCCUCCUUUUCUGUUUAAUCGUGUCUCAACAAAGAGUAAAUUGAAAAGUUUUUUUAAUCCAGAGACACAGUAAGUGGGCUGCUGGUUGUGCAGUGCCUUGCUCAACGACACUUUUAACAGGUCACACGUUUUCACCGCGGCUGUGUUUGGAUUUCUCUGGUUCAGUUUGGGAUCCCGUCGUCGUGUUUGUACAUGUGGGGUUUUAACACGGCGAAGACGGACGUCGCUUUGAACUCGUUUGUACAUUAUGAUUUGAUUCAGUUGAUAUUAUGUGUUUUAAUAGAAACAUGCUUGUGUAUGAUACUAAUAAAAAAACACUAUGGAGAAACAACA